AUGGUGGCCGCAAAGAAGACGGUGAGUCGAGCUGUCGUGAACGCAUGCAUGGUGGCAGCGUGGUGCUAUCUGGGUUUACACGUUUUUAUUAACUGUCGAUGUGGCCCGUACAUAUGUUUAACUUGCUCCAACCUACCAUUUUCUAAUUUCCAGGACAUGUCUAGCUUUAGUUGUUGCCAACUUGCUUAAUCUAGCCAGAUAGCUAGCUCUAUCGGUUAGCAACUCGUUAACUAGUUAGCCAAACGGCAAGUUGAAUGAUUGCUUUGGGGGUAUUUUGACAUUAUAGUUGGCUAAUCAAGAAACGCUAUGUAACAGUACAGUCAUCGGAAAUAUUCUGUCUGAUGUGUAUUAUCUAUGCAUAGUCACUUUACCCCUACCUACAUGUCUGUUUAUUAUCUAUGCAUAGUCCCUUUACCCCUACCCACAUGUCUGUUUAUUAUCUAUGCAUAGUCCCUUUACCCCUACCUACAUGUCUGUUUAUUAUCUAUGCAUAGUCCCCUUUACCCCCUACCUACAUGUCUGUUUAUUAUCUAUGCAUAGUACCCUUUACCCCUACCUACAUGUCUGUUUAUUAUCUAUGCAUAGUCCUUUACCCCUACCUACAUGUCUGUUUUAUUAUCUAUUGCAUAGUCCCUUUACCCCUACCUACAUGUCUGUUUAUUAUCCUAUGCAUAGUCCCUUUACCCCUACCUACAUGUCUGUUUAUUAAUCUAUGCAUAGUCCCUUACCCCUACCUACAUGUCUGUUUAUUAUCUAUGCAUAGUCCCUUUACCCCUACCUACAUGUCUGUUUAUUAUCUAUGCAUAGUCCCUUUACCCCUACCUACAUGUCUGUUUAUUAUCUAUGCAUAGUCCCUUUACCCCUACCUACAUGUCUGUUUAUUAUCUAUGCAUAGUCCUUUACCCCUACCCUACAUGUCUGUUUAUUAUCUAUGCAUAGUCCCCUUUACCCCUACCUACAUGUCUGUUUAUUAUCUAUGCAUAGUCCCUUUACCCCUACCUACAUGUCUGUUUAUUAUCUAUGCAUAGUCCCUUUACCCCUUCCCCUCACAUGUCUGUUUAUUAUCUAUGCAUAGUCCCUUUACCCUACCUACAUGUCGUUUAUUAUCUAUGCUAGUCCCUUACCCUACCUACAUGUCUGUUUAUUAUCUAUGCAUAGUCCCUUUACCCCUACCUACAUGUCUGUUUAUUAUCUAUGCAUAGUCCCUUUACCCCUACCUACAUGUCUGUUUAUUAUCUAUGCAUAGUCCCUUUACCCCUACCCACAUGUCUGUUUAUUAUCUAUGCAUAGUCCCUUUACCCCUACCUACAUGUCUGUUUAUUAUCUAUGCAUAGUCCCUUUACCCCUACCUACAUGUCUGUUUAUUAUCUAUGCAUAGUCCCUUUACCCCUACCUACAUGUCUGUUUAUUAUCUAUGCAUAGUCCCUUUACCCCUACCUACAUGUCUGUUUAUUAUCUAUGCAUAGUCCCUGACCCCUACUACUGUCUGUUUAAUUAUCUAUUGCAUAGUCCCUUUACCCUUACCCUCCUACAUGGUCAUGUUUAUUAGUCUAUGCAUAGUCCACUUACCCCCUCCCUACAUUGUCCUGUUUUAUUACUUAUUGCAUAGUCCCCUUUACCCUACCUACAUGUCUGUUUAUUAUCUAUGCAUAGUCCCUUUACCCCUACCUACAUGUCUGUUUAUUAUCUAUGCAUAGUCCCUUUACCCCUACCUACAUGUACAAAUUACCUCGACCAUCCUGUACCCCCGCACAUUGACUCGGAACCGGUACCCCCUGUAUAUAGACUCGUUAUUGUUAUGUCAUUUUAUGGUAACUUUUUAUUUGAUUUUUUUACCUUAGUUUAUUUAGUAAAUAUUUUCUUCACUCUAUUUCUUGAACUGCAUUGUUGGUUAAGGGCUUGUAAAGUAAGCAUUUCAUGGUAAGGUCUACACCUGUUGUAUUCUGCCAUGUGACAAAUACAAUUUGAUUUGAUAAAUCCAGUUAGCUAGUUAACAGCUCUUCUGCAAUGCAAUGGUGGCGUGUAUAACUAGUUAUCUACUCAGCGGGGUGGAAUGUUGAUAUUAUAAUAAAUAAUAAUAUGCCAUUUAGCAGACGCUUUUAUCCAAAGCGACUUACAGUCAUGCGUGCAUACAUUUUUGUGUAUGGGUGGUCCCGGGGAUCGAACCCACUACCUUGGCGUUACAAGCGCCGUGCUCUACCAGCUGAGCUACAGAGGACCACAAUAGUGGAUGAAGAAAUAAACUAGCUUGUUUUAUGUACUCAAAUCACAUGCAUCUCAAUUAGAAGACCAAAUAACAUGUUUGGUUCAUAGUUCACCAAAAUGUUUGUCACUUAACACAAUUGUUUCUUUGGUGGCAGAAAAAGUCCCUGGAGUCCAUCAACUCCCGUCUCCAGCUGGUGAUGAAGAGCGGUAAAUACGUUCUGGGAUACAAGCAGUCUCAGAAGAUGAUCCGCCAGGGCAAAGCCAAGCUGGUCAUCCUGGCCAACAACACACCUGCCCUCAGGUAACUAAGGCCUGCAUUAUAAUUAUUUAGCGGUAUUAUCUGAUGUUAAAGCUAUCACUAAUACCUUUGGUGAGCUAAAGUUUUGCAAUGGAAAACCUUUACGUCAAAUGGAAAACGUUUUGCAACGAAAACUAGAGUUGCUAUUGGACAAAUUCAUGUAGGUCUCUUCCACGUUUGGUUCCUAGAGUAAAUAGUUAACAGGUUCCGUUGCAAAGCAUUUUGUAACGGAAUCCGAUUAAUGAAUACAACCCAGAUCCCUCAUCCACCAUAGUGUCUGGAACCAUGUGGAACAGACCACGUGAAAGGAUGAUCAAAGCCAGCCCAGUAGUUAGUCUUGGCAUGAUGACUUCUUCCUAAUGGGGCCCCAGUAAAGCCAGCCCAGUAGUUAGGCUUGGCAUGAUGACUUCUUCCUAAUGGGGCCCCAGUAAAGCCAGCCCAGUAGUUAGGCUUGGCAUGAUGACUUCUUCCUAAUGGGGCCCCAGUAAAGCCAGCCCAGUAGUUAGUCUUGGCAUGAUGACUUCUUCCUAAUGGGGCCCCAGUAAAGCCAGCCCAGUAGUUAGGCUUGGCAUGAUGACUUCUUCCUAAUGGGGCCCCAGUAAAGCCAGCCCAGUAGUUAGGCUUGGCAUGAUGACUUCUUCCUAAUGGGGCCCCAGUAAAGCCAGCCCAGUAGUUAGGCUUGGCAUGAUGACUUCUUCCUAAUGGGGCCCCAGUAAAGCCAGCCCAGUAGUUAGGCUUGGCAUGAUGACUUCUUCCUAAUGGGGCCCCAGUAAAGCCAGCCCAGUAGUUAGGCUUGGCAUGAUGACUUCUUCCUAAUGGGGCCCCAGUAAAGCCAGCCCAGUAGUUAGUCUUGGCAUGAUGACUUCUUCCUAAUGGGGCCCCAGUAAAGCCAGCCCAGUAGUUAGUCUUGGCAUGAUGACUUCUUCCUAAUGGGGCCCCAGUAAAGCCAGCCCAGUAGUUAGUCUUGGCAUGAUGACUUCUUCCUAAUGGGGCCCCAGUAAAGCCAGCCCAGUAGUUAGGCUUGGCAUGAUGACUUCUUCCUAAUGGGGCCCCAGUAAAGCCAGCCCAGUAGUUAGGCUUGGCAUGAUGACUUCUUCCUAAUGGGGCCCCAGUAAAGCCAGCCCAGUAGUUAGUCUUGGCAUGAUGACUUCUUCCUAAUGGGGCCCCAGUAAAGCCAGCCCAGUAGUUAGUCUUGGCAUGAUGACUUCUUCCUAAUGGGGCCCCAGUAAAGCCAACCCAGUAGUUAGUCUUGGCAUGAUGACUUCUUCCUAAUGGGGCCCCAGUAAAGCCAGCCCAGUAGUUAGUCUUGGCAUGAUGACUUCUUCCUAAUGGGGCCCCAGUAAAGCCAGCCCAGUAGUUAGUCUUGGCAUGAUGACUUCUUCCUAAUGGGGCCCCCAGUAAAGCCAGCCCAGUAGUUAGUCUUGGCAUGAUGACUUCUUCCUAAUGGGGCCCCAGUAAAGCCAGCCCAGUAGUUAGUCUUGGCAUGAUGACUUCUUCCUAAUGGGGCCCCAGUAAAGCCAGCCCAGUAGUUAGGCUUGGCAUGAUGACUUCUUCCUAAUGGGGCCCCAGUAAAGCCAGCCCAGUAGUUAGGCUUGGCAUGAUGACUUCUUCCUAAUGGGGCCCCAGUAAAGCCAGCCCAGUAGUUAGUCUUGGCAUGAUGACUUCUUCCUAAUGGGGCCCCAGUAAAGCCAGCCCAGUAGUUAGUCUUGGCAUGAUGACUUCUUCCUAAUGGGGCCCCAGUAAAGCCAGCCCAGUAGUUAGGCUUGGCAUGAUGACUUCUUCCUAAUGGGGCCCCAGUAAAGCCAGCCCAGUAGUUAGGCUUGGCAUGAUGACUUCUUCCUAAUGGGGCCCCAGUAAAGCCAGCCCAGUAGUUAGGCUUGGCAUGAUGACUUCUUCCUAAUGGGGCCCCAGUAAAGCCAGCCCAGUAGUUAGGCUUGGCAUGAUGACUUCUUCCUAAUGGGGCCCCAGUAAAGCCAGCCCAGUAGUUAGGCUUGGCAUGAUGACUUCUUCCUAAUGGGGCCCCAGUAAAGCCAGCCCAGUAGUUAGGCUUGGCAUGAUGACUUCUUCCUAAUGGGGCCCCAGUAAAGCCAGCCCAGUAGUUAGUCUUGGCAUGAUGACUUCUUCCUAAUGGGGCCCCAGUAAAGCCAGCCCAGUAGUUAGUCUUGGCAUGAUGACUUCUUCCUAAUGGGGCCCCAGUAAAGCCAGCCCAGUAGUUAGUCUUGGCAUGAUGACUUCUUCCUAAUGGGGCCCCAGUAAAGCCAGCCCAGUAGUUAGGCUUGGCAUGAUGACUUCUUCCUAAUGGGGCCCCAGUAAAGCCAGCCCAGUAGUUAGGCUUGGCAUGAUGACUUCUUCCUAAUGGGGCCCCAGUAAAGCCAGCCCAGUAGUUAGUCUUGGCAUGAUGACUUCUUCCUAAUGGGGCCCCAGUAAAGCCAGCCCAGUAGUUAGGCUUGGCAUGAUGACUUCUUCCUAAUGGGGCCCCAGUAAAGCCAGCCCAGUAGUUAGUCUUGGCAUGAUGACUUCUUCCUAAUGGGGCCCCAGUAAAGCCAACCCAGUAGUUAGUCUUGGCAUGAUGACUUCUUCCUAAUGGGGCCCCAGUAAAGCCAGCCCAGUAGUUAGUCUUGGCAUGAUGACUUCUUCCUAAUGGGGCCCCAGUAAAGCCAGCCCAGUAGUUAGGUAUUGAUUGAUUAGAUAUUGAACAAGUCAUAUUGAUUGAUUUAGAUAUUGAACAAGUCAUAUUGCAUUGACCAAAUAACUAUAUCAAGUGUUGCUUGUGCGUUCUUAUGGUUUUUUUAUGUAGUCCUCCCACAAAGGCGCACCUGUAUUGGUCUGCUUGCAGGUGCGUAAGAACCGGAGGAACAUUAAAAUGAUUUGGUGUUACUGGCUGCACCUGCAGUUGGUCAUUCAGCCAAUCAGACACCUUGAGAAAACAACCGGUACAACUACAGCGUUAGACUGAAGUGGAUCACUGUUACGUUGUCUCCCUUCACACAACGGAAACAUGUUACGUUGCAGUGUAGCUUGUACUCAUGUUGCUUUCCCCUCACUCCGAAAAGGAUCAUGUUUAAUUGAAUGGUGAUAUAUAAAAACUUGUAUUGUUUGUUCAGAAUUUGCUGCCUGCGUCACACUUUUGCUAAAAGGUAUUUCUGGUUCCUCAGGAAGUCUGAAGUGGAGUACUAUGCCAUGUUGGCCAAGACUGGCGUCCACCACUACAGCGGGAACAACAUCGAGCUGGGCACAGCCUGCGGAAAGUACUUCAGGGUGUGCACACUGGCCAUCAUCGACCCCGGUGAGUGUCUGGGUGUCCUGUUUACCACGGCCAUUCUGUUGAUGUAUUGUUGUCUGCAGAGUUGGACAAUCCUUUAGUAGUGAGCAGUUUGGAUACGGUUUAGUUUUCAUCCAUACAUUUAUAAUUGUUUUCAAAGAUGACAUGAACAUCUGAGGAGAAUGGUGAAAAUGUCUGAAUGUAGAAUAAACCGUAUCAAACUGCUCUACUUUCAAAUGACAUGAGCAUGUUUAAUUUAAUCGUUUUGUAAUCGCGAAUGUGUAGAUAUUUUUCUUUCACUGCUGCUCACAAAUUUGCCCGUUGUGAAUUUUUGCGCCUGGUGGUCUGACUAGCACUAGUGAUUCACUAGAUAAACGCCCAAUGGAGCGUUUACCUGAACUGACUGGCCUCUCUAGCCAGUUACUUCCUGCUUCAUUGGUGACAAUGCCUUAGUUCUCCUGAAGUUAAACGCACUACGCAGAAAUCGCUCCACCAUUUCCCGGUUGCUAAAAUUCUAAUAGUUUGCCUAACCCGGACGCUUAUAAGAAAUCCCGCUAUGCCCUCAGACGAACCAUCAAACAGGCAAAGAGUCAAUACAGGACUAAGAUUGAAUCGUACUACACCGGCUCUGACGCUCGUCGGAUGUGGCAGGGCUUGAAAACUAUUACAGACUACAAAGGGAAGCACUGCCGCGAGCUGCCCAGUGACACAAGACUUCCAGACGAGCUAAACCACUUCUAUGCUCGCUUCGAGGCAAGCAACACUGAAGCAUGCAUGAGAGCACCAGCUGUUCCGGAUGACUGUGUGAUCACGCUCUCCGUAGCCGAUGUGAGUAAGACUUUUAAGCAGGUCAACAUUCACAAGGCCGCAGGGCCAGACGGAUUACCAGGACGUGUACUCCGAGCAUGUGCUGACCAACUGGCAAGUGUCUUCACUGACAUUUUUAACCUCUCCCUGUCUGAGUCUGUAAUACCAACAUGUUUCAAGCAGACCACCAUAGUCCCCGUGCCCAAGGACUCUAAGAUAACCUGCCUAAAUGACUACCGACCCGUAGCACUGACGUCUGUAGCCAUGAAGUGCUUUGAAAGGCUGGUCAUGGCUCACAUCAACACCAUUAUCCCAGAAACCCUAGACCCACUCCAAUCUGCAUACCGCCCCAACAGAUCCACAGAUGAUGCAAUCUCUAUUGCACUCCACACUGCCCUUUCCCACCUUGACAAGAGGAACACCUACGUGAGAAUGCUAUUCAUUGACUACAGCUCAGUGUUCAACACCAUAGUGCCCUCAAAGCUCAUCACUAAGCUAAGGAUCCUGGAACUAAACACCUCCCUCUGCAACUGGAUCCUGGACUUCCUGACGGGCCGCCCCCAGGUGGUAAGGGUAGGUAACAACACAUCUGCCACACUGAUCCUCAACACAGGGGCCCCUCAGGGGUGCGUGCUCAGUCCCCUCCUGUACUCCCUGUUCACCCAUGACUGCAUGGCCAGGCACGACUCCAACACCAUCAUUAAGAUUGCAGACGACACAACAGUGGUAGGCCUGAUCACCGACAACGAUGAGACAGCCUAUAGGGAGGAGGUCAGAGAUCUGGCCGUGUGGUGCCAGGAUAACAACCUCUCCCUCAACGUGAUCAAGACAAAGGAGAUGAUUGUGGACUUGGUGUCCACAUCACCAACAAACUAUCAUGGUCCAAAUACACCAAGACAGUCGUGAAGAGGGCACGACCAAGCCUAUUCCCCCUCGGGAGACUGAAAAGAUUUGGCAUGGGUUCUCAGAUCCUCAAAGUUCUACAUCUGCACCAUCGAGAGCAUCCUGACUGGUUGCAUUACUGCCUGGUAUGGUAACUGCUUGGCCUCCGACCGCAAGGCACUACAGAGGGUAGUGCGUACGGCCCAGUACAUCACUGGGGCCAAGCUUCCUGCCAUCCAGGACCUCUAUACCAGGCGGUGUCAGAGGAAGGCCCUCAAAAUUGUCAGACUCCAGCCACCCUAGUCAUAGACUGUUCUCUCUGCUACCGCACGGCAAGCGGUACCAGAGCGCCAAGUCUAGGUCCAAAAGGCUUCUUAACAGCUUCUACCCCCAAGCCAUAAGACUCCUGAACAGCUAAUCAUGGCUACCCGGACUAUUUGCAUUGUCCCCCCCACCACAUCCCCUCUUUUACGCUGCUGCUACUCUGUUUAUUAUCUAUGCAUUUUCACUUUAACUCUACCUACAGUUACAUAUUACCUCGACUAACCGGUGCCCCGCCCAUUGCCUCUGUACCGGUACCCCCUGUAUAUAGCCUGCAUAUUGACUCUGUUAUUUCCCAUUGACUCUGUACCGGUACCCCCUGUAUAUAGCCUCCCUACUGUUAUUUCCCAUUGACUCUGUACCGGUACCCCCUGUAUAUAGCCUCCCUACUGUUAUUUCACAUUGACUCUGUACCGGUACCCCCUGUAUAUAGCCUCCCUACUGUUAUUUCCCAUUGACUCUACCGGUACCCCCUGUAUAUAGCCUCCCUACUGUUAUUUCCCAUUGACUCUGUACCGGUACCCCCUGUAUAUAGCCUCCCUACUGUUAUUUUUAUUGUUAUUUUACUGCUUUUAUUUUCUAAUUAUCUAUUGUUUACUUAACCAACAAUGCAGUUAAGAAAAAUAAAUGUUAAGGGCUUGUAAGUAAGCUUUUCACUCUAAGGUCUAUACCUGUAGUAUUUGGUGCAUGUGACAAAUAGAAUUUGAUUUGAAUUGUUUACUGACAAAAUAAGGGGUUAAAUACCUGAAGAAAAAUGUUUCCUGAUCUUUCUUACAUCUAAGACAGGACAGACACUUCAGAACAAACUUCACUUAUAUUAUUGUUUUGGGGACUAUCUGUUCCCUGUAGUGAAUCUGUUAUUCAAUGUGUUUGUAUGGGCUAAUAGCAGUAAGGCCCAAAUCUUUUUUUUAAUCAAUCCUUUUUUGGGAUACUUCAGGGGGUCUUAAAAUUCCAAAUCAAAUAGCAAAAUGAUCCUUGGUAUGACCUUAAAACAAUUCUAUAUAGCUUAGUAGAACCUUCCCCGGCAUAGACUGAGUUUAGACUCAUAUGGGUUAAACACUGUCAAACUAAAGCUUGGUUUUAAGUAUAUCACCUCUGCUGUUGAUUGGAUCUUGUAUGCUAAAUGUAAUAUUGUUCUCUCAACAGGUGAUUCAGACAUCAUCAGGAGUAUGCCGGACCAGCCGCAGGGGGAGAAGUAGACAUUUCAGACUCUUGUUGUUAGAAAUAAACUUGGUUGAAUGUUC